AUGGGUGUCGCUAAGAAGACGCGAAAAUUCGGACAGGUCAAGCGAGUCAUUGGCCAGCGCGAUGGCAGGCUCAAGGUGAACAAGGAAAAGGCCGAGCUCGAGGCGAAGAACAAGGCCAAGAAGACGGUCAACGGCGAGCUCAUCCGCGAGUUGCCGCAGAUGCCGAGCUCCAUGUUUUUCCAGCACAACACGGCCCUCGUGCCUCCGUACAACGUCCUCGUCGACACCAACUUCCUCUCGCACACAGUCCAGCGCAAGCUGCCCAUCCUGGAGACCAUGAUGGAUUGCCUGUACGCCAAGUGCAACAUCAUCAUCACGUCGUGCUGUCUCGCGGAAAUGGAAAAGCUGGGGCCAAAGUACAGAAUUGCGCUGCGGGUGGCGAGGGACGAGCGGUGGCAGCGACUCCAGUGCGACCACAAAGGCGUCUACGCCGACGACUGCUUGGUUGAUCGGGUGAACAAGGAUAGGAUAUACAUCGUGGCGACGAACGACAAGGCGCUGAAGCAGAGGAUACGUAAAAUCCCAGGUGUGCCGCUCAUGAGCGUUGCGAGGGGCAAGUACGUGAUCGAGAGGCUGCCCGGGGCGCCGGACAAGUAG